GUUGAAGUUAGUCUUUCGGGUGUUGGCUCUGGCAAAAAGAAGGAAAAAUGGGGUGGUGCAUUUUAAAGUGGCUGCUCCUAGGGAUAUUUACAAACUUUUUGAUUCUUUCUAAAAGUGAUUCUGAUGUUGUGGUCUCUACCUUGGAUACUUGGGAGGUUCAACAAGAUUCCAAGUCAACACUGGAGUGUGAUCGAACAUCCAUCCUUUGUAAAGAUGGAACAGAAUGUGUCCUCUUUGAAUACCUGUGUGAUGGUGAUGAAGACUGUUCUGAUGGAUCUGAUGAGAUGGACUGUUCUGAAGUGUGUGAUGAACCAGAUGCAUUUAAAUGCCUAGAAGGAACCAAUUGUAUUCAAGGUCACCUACACUGUGAUGGUAUUGCUCAAUGUCAAGAUGGAUCUGAUGAAAUGAAUUGCUUUCAAGAAUCUGACUUGUGUGGCUUCUGGUGUGACAAUCGCCAGAUGUGUAUUCCUCUUGACUGGAUAUGUGAUGGCAGUGAAGACUGUAAUGAUAAAACUGAUGAACUAGAAUGUGGGUGUGGUAGUGAUGACUUCACCUGUGAUGAUGGACAAUGUAUUUCUCUGGCUUUCCGCUGUGAUUUGAAGUAUGACUGCAGGGAUAAGUCAGAUGAGCACAAUUGUAUCAAACCCAAGAAAGUUCCAUGCCAACCUGGAGAAAUCAUGUGUCCUGUCAGCAAGGAAUGCAUAAUAAAUGAGUGGUGGUGUGAUGACUAUAUAGACUGUGGAGAUGGAAUGGAUGAGCAGAACUGCAAAUUUUCAGAGAUCCCAUGCAGGGGAUUUCAAUGGACAUGCAGUAAUUUUCAGUGUGUUCCUGACUUCUGGCGUUGUGAUGGGCUAAAAGACUGCAAGGAUGGUAGUGAUGAGAUGACAUGCCAAUCAAGACGGUGCAAAAGUUUUGAAUUCCAAUGUGCUACAUCAGAAUGUAUCACCAUGAAUUUAGUCUGCAAUGGAAAGUCUGAUUGUUCAGAUGCUUCUGAUGAGGGUGGAGACUGUGAUUCACAAGAAUGCACAAACUGUACCAAUGUAUGUUUCAAGACACCAAAUGGGCCUCAGUGUGGCUGUGCAAGUGGGUUUAAACUCACACCUGACUUGGACACCUGUGUUGAUAUUGAUGAAUGUAAAGAACUAGCAACCAGACCUUGCAGUCAAAUGUGUCUAAAUAAGAAUGGAACCUACAGCUGCAACUGUUACCCUCAUUAUCUGCUGAAAAAUGAUGGAUCGAGCUGUAAAGUAACAGGUGCUGAGCCGGUUCUUCUUGCAUCCAUUCACCAUGAUAUCCUACUGUAUGGAUUACACAGUGAUAAAAAGGACAUCAUCUCUGCUGUUGCAAAGAAUAUAAUGUUCCCAUUGGAUUAUGAUUGGAAGGAACAAGUAAUCUUUUGGUCUGACACUUAUUCUAAAAGUAUAAACUGGAUGAAACUGAACCAAUAUGAUAAGGGGAUGCUGAUCAAAGGAAUCCAGUCUGACUGCAUAGCUGUUGACUGGGUGGGCAGAAACCUUUACUGGACAGAUGGAGCAGCUGGUCAUAUUCUGGCAGUAAAUUUAAACUCUACAUGGCAUGAAAUUAAAGAACAUGUGGUUGUAAUUGACACAGCUAUAGAUCAACCUCUCUCUUUAGUUUUGCAACCACUUAAUGGAUUAAUGUAUUGGGCUGAGAUUGGAAGUGAGCCCCACAUUGAGAGAGCAGGCAUGGAUGGAACAAAUAGAAAAGUAAUUAUCAAGCAUGGACUUGGAUGGCCAACCAGCUUGACACUUGACCUACUUGAUUGGAAACUGUUUUGGGCUGAUGGAAAACUUCAUUGUAUUGGUGUGUCUAAUUUAGAUGGCACUAGGAUAAAGUUUUUCCAGUUGGCGUAUACUCAGAGGCCAUUUGGUAUCACUGUAUUUGAAGAUGACAUGUACUGGUCUGAUGUGGAGUUGAGAAGUAUUCAAAAAGCUGACAAGAGACUUGGAAAGAAUAGAACUGUACUCCUGAAACAUGAUCAACCAUAUAAUUUGAAGGUCAUGCAUGAAGUGCUGCAACCAGAGACUUUAAAUCCUUGUGAAAAAAUGGGCUGUUCACACUUCUGUUUAUUGGGACCUGGGUUAAAGGGCAGCUGCCACUGUGGGCCAGAAAUGCUGCUGGCAGAUGAUGAUUUAACCUGUGUAAAAUCAGAUGAGCCUUUUCUCUUGAUGAUCUCUCCCACUGUCAUCACUCAGAUAUAUUUAAAGCAUCUACUGCAAGAUAAAGAAUCGAAGGUUUUGCCAGAACACUUGGUCCACCAACUGACUAACAAGCAAGUGUCUUCUGCUGAUUAUGCCUGGAAAGACAAAGUGGUCUACUUUGCAGAUUCUCAUCAAGGCCUUAUUGGACAACUAGUGAUGGGGUCUAAUGUUUCUUGGCAGAAGAUUCUCCAGCUUGAUAAUGAGAUCAUCUCUUUAUCAGUGGACUGGCUAGGUAGAAAUCUAUACUGGAUCACUAGCAAACCUUGUGUAAUUGAAAUGGCAUCUGUAAAUGGACUUUAUCGACUUGUGUUAAUAGAAAAUCUCAGUCAUUCAACUUCACUUGUAUUACAUCCACCUUUGAGCAUCAUGUGUUUCUCAGAGUGGGGGUCAGAAGACCAAGGAGAUAGUUCAAAGAUUGAAUGUUCUCAUAUGGAUGGACAGAAACGCAAAGUUGUUUGGAAAAAGUGUCGAUUUCCAACUGGUCUGGUCAUUACAGAAUCUGGCACUCGGCUUUAUUGGAUUGAUUUGGAUAAUAAUGCUAUUGACAGUGUUCUAUUGGAUGGUUCAGAAUUCCAAGAAGUUAAAGUAGGCCUUGGUGUUCAUUCUGUUUUUGCAUAUGGGGAGAAUGUGCUAUUCUGGACAAUAGUACACAAUGGUUACACGCAACUGUGGUACAAUAAAAUGGGGAAGGAGCAGCAGUGGUUUGAAGUGGAGCAGAAAAUUAUUGGCCUUAAAGUAUACAACAGACAACAAGGAAGUAAUUUCUGUUUUGAGGAAAAUGGUGGCUGCAGCCACUUGUGCCUAGCAUACCCUGGAGGUAGAACGUGCAGAUGUUCCGCAGGAUAUCGCCUUGUCAAUGAUGGUAUUUGUGAAGCUGUGGAGUGUCCACAACAGACUUGGCCAUGCCUUGAUGGUUUCAGCUGCAUCUUGAAUGAGCAAGUGUGUGAUGGUGAAAAACACUGUGGUGAUGGAUCAGAUGAAAUGGAAUGUGAUGUGUGGAAGGGACCAACACAGAUGAGCACAGUUUUUCCCAAUAUUUCUACACCUGAAGUUUCCUCUCAACAAAUGGCCACUUCAAGAUGGUUUCCAGUCAGUCCCACAACCUUCAGAGAAAGUUGGUUUUCUCACACAGAUACCACUCCAGUCACAUCUAGUUAUGGAGUUUCUCUGCAUCAUGGUACAAUGACACAAAGUCCUGUUGCAAACCAGACUGGAGAUUUCAAUGCAACUGAAAUAGGAAGAUCUGGUUCAUGUACAGCUGAACUGUGCAACAUGCAUGGGAAAUGCUACAUAGUUGAUGGCUUGAUGAUGUGUCAAUGCCAAGAAGGUUACACUGGAAGAUUCUGUGAGCACCAGGUGGUGCCAGAAAUAAGUGUUCCUAUCAUUCUGGGAAUACUUGUUGUGAUUCUGCUUGUUGCUGUUGGAGCAUUAAUCUUGAAGAAAAUAGCUGGAAAAAGGAAAGCUCAUGCCAACUUGCAGUUGACUGCAGCAGAACACAGGAACCAGAUCAUGAUGAAUGAAGCCUUUGUAGAGGUACCAGAGGAACCACAAGCAUCAAGCUGAAGCUUCAGAAUACUUUUUAGUCAAAGUGGAUUGAAAUUGUAUUUUAAUUAAAUAAACAGUUGCAACAUA